GACCUGCGCAAUAUUUUCUCGAGGAGCGUUCGUGCAGACGAAGUCUCGCCUUCGGCAAUCCGCACGAGUAGCGGUCCUCCGCGUCCAUCAACCUCCCGUUUCGUACCCCUUUCUAGGAAAGCUCCAAUGAUCCAACGCACGGAAAAUCCCCCUUCCCCUCUUCCCAAUUUCCAAUCUCCCCUUCAAUCUACCAGUCAACCACGCGCAUAUGCGAAUGCGAACGCGAACGCGAUAGCUCGCGAUGAUGACUGGAGAAAAAGCCGAUGGAGGGAGCCGCCAGGGCGGCGUCCUUCCAGAUCAGCCGCCGGGGGCCGCCGCGCAGCAGGCCGACACGCCUCUCUCGGGGAUCGCGGAGGCGUUCGAGGAGAUGGCCGCCCUCUUGCGGUCCGACGAGGGCGGGAGCGUGGAGCUCCGCUUGGACGAGUUCUGCGACGCCUGCUCCCUGGUCUCCGUUCUUUUCGGUUGCCUCGGCCUCGCCUUCAAGUUCGCUGAAAUGGAGUACGUCGCCAAGGUACGUGAUCUUGUGGAGGCAUCGAGGACACAUCGCACAUUACAAAACGUGCUGGAUCUCGACGUCGCUAAAAACUCAGUGAGAACUCCAGGAAGUCGUACACGUAAUUUACGUCGAGUUAGGCAGGGUCUUGAUCUCAUCAGAGCUCUAUUUGAGCAGUUUUUGUCUUCUGACGAUUACUCAUUAAAGGAUGCUGCUACCACAGCCUAUAUGCAAGUUUGUGCGCCAUUCCACACGUGGGGAAUCAGGACAGCUGUUUAUGCUGGAAUGUAUACCCUUCCAUAUAGGGAUCAACUUCUGCUAAAGCUCAAUGAAACUGAGGAGACGGCCGAGAAGAAGAUGAGAAGGUAUAUCAAGGCUUCGAUCCCAGUUAUACAGUAUAUUGAUAAGUUAUACAUAUCCAGGAAUAUUAGCUUGGACUGGUGAACUGAUACGCCUCGCAUCAUUCAUGUCGAUAGCUUCGACCAAUCUCUCUUUGUACAGAACAAGGCCGUCCAGGCAAUUUUGUUGUG